AGACGAAACUCCACCCUGUGCCCGUCCAUCAUCAUGUAUCAGGACGAUCAUAUCGGGUAAGCAAUCACUCUUUUUUUCGCCCAUAAUCAUUCCACUUUUUGACCUAAUGUCGUUGCAUUCCAGUUCAGAGCAUUCAUCUGCUACUACUAAUAUUUCUCAUUUAUGCGGACUUCGGAUCUCGGAGAGACCUCAAAAAACAAGAAAAACUGGUGUUAUUUGCACUAUCGGACCAGCGUGUAGUGAUGUAGAGACACUGAGAAAAAUGAUAAACACUGGAAUGAAUAUUGCCAGAUUGAAUUUCUCACAUGGAACUCACGAGGCACAUGCUGCAACAAUCAAGACAAUCCGUGAAGCUGCUGAAAAUGCUCCAUUCCCGGUCGCAAUUGCUCUUGACACCAAAGGACCUGAAAUUCGUACCGGAAUGUUUGCCAAUAAUAUGAAAGAAGUUCAAUUGGAAAAUGGGAAAAGUGUUCGAGUUUCCACAGAUCCAUCUAUGGAAUUUGCUGCAACAUCUUCUCAUAUUUAUGCUGACUACAGAAAUCUUCCAAAAGUUGUUCAACCUGGUUCAAGAAUCUAUAUUGAUGACGGAUUGAUUUCUUUAAUCGUCGAAAGUUGUGAAGAAACAGCAGUUAUAUGUACAAUUGAAAAUGGAGGAGCUCUUGGAACACGGAAAGGUGUUAAUCUUCCUGGAACUAUUGUUGAUCUUCCUGCAGUCACAUCAAAAGAUAUCGAAGAUUUAUUAUUUGGAGUUGAGCAAGGUGUUGAUAUUAUUUUUGCAUCAUUCAUCAGAAAUGCCGACGGAAUUCAUAAAAUUCGACAAGUUCUUGGAGAAAAAGGAAAGCAUAUUUACAUAAUUGCAAAAAUCGAAUCAGAAGAUGGAGUCACUAAUUGCGAUGAAAUCAUCGAAGCAUCCGAUGGAGUAAUGGUUGCAAGAGGAGAUCUUGGAAUUGAAAUUCCUGCGGAGAAAGUAUUCCUCGCCCAGAAAAUGCUCAUUGCCAAAUGUAAUCUGGCGGGAAAACCUGUGAUAUGUGCAACCCAGAUGCUCGAGAGCAUGAUCACCAAACCUCGUCCGACUAGAGCAGAAUGCAGUGACGUGGCAAACGCUGUCUUGGAUGGAGUUGACUGUGUGAUGUUGAGUGGAGAAACUGCAAAAGGAGAUUAUCCAGUUGAAGCAUUGGCGAUUAUGCAUAAUAUCUGCAAAGAAGCAGAAUCUGCAUUCUUCCAUAUGAAACAUUUUGAAGAGCUUAUUCUUCAUACCAAGAAACCAACUGGAAUGACUCAUACAACUGCAAUUGCAGCUGUUUCUGCAACAAUCACAUGCCGUGCUGUCGCUAUUAUUCUCAUCACAACAACGGGAAAAACCGCCCGUCUAUGUUCCCGAUACCGUCCACCAGUUCCAAUUAUUACUGUUUCUCGUGAUGAACGAAUCUCUCGUCAACUUCAUCUUCACAGAGGAAUCUUUCCUGUUUACUAUCCAAAGGGACGUAUUGAUGAAUGGGAUGUUGAUGUUGAGGAACGUGUGCAAUACGGAGUAAAUCUUGGUAAGACACGUGGAUUCAUUCAUCUUGGAGAUCCACUUAUUGUGAUCACUGGAUGGAAGCAAGGAGCUGGAUUCACAAACACCAUGAGAAUUGUAGUUGCCACCUAACUUAUAUCUUUGAUUUGUUCUGUGUAUUUUUCAAAAAAAAAAGAGUUUAAGUUUCUUGUUUCAUAAAUAUUUCUUCUUU